AACAGAUGCGCUCAGUAUUACGAAAUUAUCACUGAUUUGCUUUUUCUGAAUGAAUUAUAUGUGCUUUUUCUCCUAGCGCCGUGAGUGAGGGAUGCGCUCCUCUGCGGAUACAGCAGCGGCUCUUCUGGUCUAACCGGCGUCAGGCAUGUUCUUCAGGAUGGUAAAACUCAGACUACUCAACACGAUUGCGCCUGCAUACUUCUACACUGCAACCGUGGUCACACUCGCCCUUCACUUCCUCCUCUUCACGCCCACUGUUUUCCAAAGUCCAGAUGUGGCGCUAAAUCCCAUCAUGCUGGUCCACAUUGCCGUCUUUCUCUUCCUGAUGGGGAACGCGCUGGGUAAUUACACAAUGACUAUAUGGUACCCAUCUGAGAGUGCCAACGAGACAGUAAUUCCAGUCUGUUCACCUGACUGCCCGGACCGAAUUGACGCCCACUACCUCCUGAAUGGACGCCACUUCUGUAAAGUGUGUAAGAAAGUAAUCCUAAAACGGGACCAUCACUGCUUUUUCACAGGAAACUGCAUUGGGAAUAGAAACAUGCGCUACUUUAUUAUGUUCAGCAUCUAUACGUCCUGCUGUUGUUUAUAUUCAUUGGUAAUCGGGGUGGCGUAUCUUACAAUGGAAUACUCCAUUUCCUUUGAGAACCCACUGAUGUUCCUCACACUUCUACCGCUGUCGACAGGUUACUUCUUCCUUGGUUUGAUUUCAGGUCUCCAGUUCUUUCUGGUCAUAAUGCUGUACGUCUGGCUGGGUAUCGGACUAGUGAGUGCCGGUUUCUGCUGUCAGCAGCUUUUACUAGUAGCCCGAGGGCAGACCUGGUGUGAGCUGAAAAAAGGCCAGUUGUCAGAAUGUCGUGGGACCUGGCGUACCAACCUGACUGAUGUUUUCGGUUCUCGUUGGGCUUUGGGCUUUUUCCUGCCAGUUCAGACUGUUGAGACCGUACCUGGGAACUGGCAGGUCUACCAUGAUCACAAGCAUGACUGAAAAGCCAAGAACUUGCCAUAUCAGUGUGUUUAUCAUAAUUUGACCUGUGUCGACCAGUUAUUAAAUGUGAUAAGGGCUUCGGGUUCACUUGAGUUGUAUAAGCCCAUGCAACUGAUCUACCUUUUUAGUGGAUUUCUGUCAUCGCUGCGCAAAUUAGGAGAGCGUUAUGUCACAAAGAUGUGGUGUAACACUCAUAUCUAUGUCCAUCAGCACUGUGCCGAAACUCAAUUUCAGCCCUAGUUCAGGGCAGCAGUGAUUAGCAGCGGUAACAUCAGAGAAGGAGGCCAGGAUUAAAGGAUGGAUGGGUAUUUACAAAACAACGCACACUAGGUAAUCAGCACACUAUUACACAAGUGGCCUGCUAAAAUGUGGGUGACAUUUAGAUGGUUAAAAUUUUAAAUUAACUGGCUACACGCCACAAGAAGUUAUUAUAAUUUAAGAUGACAUUUCAGUUCACGCUGGCCAUAAUUAUUGGCACCCAUUUACUGCAACAUUGUUUUCCCAAAUAACAGCUCUGAGUUUUCUCCUAUAAUGCCUGAUAAGUUUGGAGAACACCUGAUAAGAGAUCAGAGACCAUUCCUUCAUCCAGAAUCUCUCCAGAUCCUUGUUGGUGCUUCUUUUCAGUUCAGCCCACUUAUUUUCUAUAAGGUUCAGGUCAGGGAACUGGGGCGUCCAUGGCAGAAGCUUAAUUUUGUGCUCAGUGACACAUUUUUGUGUUGUUGUUUUGAUGUUUGAUUAUCCUGAUAGAGAAACCCUACCGAACAACAUGUGGUGAUGUAGGGGUUUGACUUUGUUUUUUGAACUACAAAACUCAACUAAUCUCUGAGUUCUCCAGCUGUGAUCCUUGAGGAGUUUUUGGCCACUCAAACGUUCCUCCUCACUGUGCAUUAGGACGAUAUAGACACACGUCCUCUUCCAGGCAGAUCUGUAACAGCUCUGGUUGAUGAGAACAUCUUAAUUAUUGCCCUGAUGGUGAAAAUGGGGAUUUUAAAUGCUUUCGUUCUUUUCUUACAGCCACUUUCUAUUUUGUAAAGCUCAAUGAUCUUGUUCUGCACAUCAGAACUAUGUUCUUUUGAUAGAUGUUUAAGUUUAAGGUUAAAUUUGGCCUGUGUGUUCCUCAUAUUUAUAGAAAUCAUGCCUGGACAAUGCUCAUUUACCCUGGUGUGCUAAAAAAAAAAAAAAAAAAAAAAAAAAAAAUAUAAA